UUGACAACGGUAAACACGUGAACGUGACAGUUUGAGAUCUGGCAAAAGUAAACUCUUAUAAAUUUAUGAUUUAAAUAUAUUAAAUUAUAAUAAGUAUCGUUAUACAACAAUUAUGUCGUCGUGGAGAAAAGCCGCUAAGGCUAACCAGAAGACUCAUAAGGAACGACAUCAACCUGAGUCUCGAAAACAUCUUGGUUUACUAGAGAAAAAGAAAGAUUACAAAAAACGCGCAAAUGAUUACCAUGAAAAGGGUGCUACGCUUAAACUUCUACGUAAAAGAACAUUGGACAGGAAUCCCGAUGAGUUUUAUUUUCAUAUGAUCAAUUCUAGAGUGAAAGAUGGGGAACAUCAUGAACUGGAGAAAGAAGAUGAACACACACCUGAGCAAGUAAAACUGAUGCAAACACAGGAUCUCAAAUAUAUUAACAUGAAACGCACUAUUGAGAGUAGGCGGAUACAAAGAUUGCAGUCUCAACUCCAUAUGACAGAUGUGGCAGACUCCACACCAAACACGCAUGUUUUCUUUGUGGAUGAAGGCGAAGAGAAAAAUUUUGAUUUAGCUAAACGAUUGGAUACACAUCCCUCGCUUAUCAACAGGAAGUCUAACAGGCCGAGACUCUCCGAUCUCAAUAAGAUAACCCUACCUGAAGUUAAUGAUGAGAUAAUUAAAUCAACAAAGAAGAUUAAAGAAAAGACAUACAAGGAACUAUCACAAAGGAUAGAGCGUGAAAAACAUCUCACCGUCAUUCAACAAAAAAUGGAACUCAAAAGACAUUUACAGGAUGCAAAAGUACUGAAACCCAAAAGAAUACAGAGUGGGACUAAAGUUUCAGCCCCCGUAUACAAGUUCCAGUAUGUGAGGAAGAAAUAAAAGUCUCAUUUGUAUCAUUUCUUAUUUCAUAAUAAAUAGUUUAUUGUAUUUUUUUGUUUCUUAUAAUAAAUUCACUUUUUAACU